UUUCACGACGUGCCCAUACCGCUGGCAUGUACUGUUACUGACGCACGCACAUACGUACGAACACGAAGCCAGUCUCGCCCCUUCCGUCGUCCGGGAACGUUUUGGAAUCGCGUGCGGUACGGAAAUUCGACCGGGAAAAAUUUCGGACGGAGACGACGAAACGACCGGUGAACGAGGUGAAAGAGAACAGCUAUGUCGUGGGAAACGGUCCGAGGGGGUUGAGGAUCGCGGACGGGGCGAUGUCGUUCUGGCAACAAACUCCGAUGGUUACGCGUCGUAAAAGUAUCCACGGCGAUCGGAGACCACCUCGACCAUUUUUCAGGAUUCCUGUAGUCCGUGAUAGAUCUAGAAACCAAAGGAACUUGAGUCUCCUGAAGAAUGGACGUGAACGCGCGAGUCGAUUCGUUGUUCGGAAACGAGACCAACAAUAAUGGAAGUUCCAUCGAGGCGUUCUUCGCCGAGUCGGUGAUCCUGUUGACCGGGGCGACCGGUUUCCUAGGGAAAGCUAUUCUGGAAAAGCUGCUACGCUCGUGUCCACGUUUGGACACUAUUUUUAUACUGGUCCGUCCAAAGCGAAACAAAACGGUUGACCAACGACAUAAGGAACUCUUAGGAAACACGAUUUUCGACAAAAUCAGAACGAACGAUCCCGCGCUCCUGAACAAGGUCUGUCCCGUGAAGGGUGACGUGACCCUGCCGAAUUUAGGUCUCUCGCCGGAGGAUCGGCACGUGUUGGAACAACGAGUGAACAUAGUGUUUCACAGCGCGGCGACGGUCAAGUUCGACGAACCGUUGAAGGUAGCCGUGAAUUUGAACGCGAAGGGCACAGAACGUCUCUUGGAGUUGUGCGGAAAUAUGAAGAAUCUGGUCAGCAUCGUUCACAUUAGCACGGCUUACAGUAACGCGAAUCGAGAUUACGUCGAGGAAUCGAUUUACACCACAAAGGUGAAACCCUCUACGGUGAUCGAUAUGUGCGAGAGCUUGGACGAGGCGACGUUGAACAGUAUCGAAAAGAAGAUUUUGGAGAACCAUCCGAACACGUACACGUUCACCAAAAAUUUGGCCGAACAGAUAGUGUUGUCUAAGGCGAAUAACAUGCCGAUCGCGUUGGUACGACCGAGCAUAAUCUGUGCGGCGGUGAAAGAACCGUUUCCUGGUUGGGUGGACAACAUUACCGGAAUUACAGGUACCAUGAUGGAGAUCGGGAGGGGUGUCGUCAGAACGGUGCACUGUAACACCGGUUUGAAGCUGAACGUCGUGCCCAUCGAUUACGUGGUCGACACGAUAAUAUGCGCCUCGUGGCACAUCACCAUGCAACAAACUGAUUCUAUUAAAAUUUACAACUGUACGAGUAACGCGAAAGAUUUUAGAUGGGGAAUGCUGUACAACUUGAUUAAGAAGAAUGCAAUAGAAUCGCCGUCGCGAUACAUGGUAUGGUACCCGGGUUGCGCGCUCAUAGCGAACAAAUUUAUGCACAACUUCUUGUCGAUCACGUUGCACAUAGUUCCAGCGUUCAUCGGCGACUUUUUCUUAAGGCUCGUAGGUAAUAAACCCAAACUGUUGAAAUACGUGAAACGUUUCGAGCGCGCGCUACAGGUAGGAAAUUUCUUCACCACGCACGAAUGGAACUUCCAGGACGAAAAUAUGAACGAUCUCAGAAAGAAAAUGAACGGGCUACAAGAUCACAACAGUUUCAACGUCGACAUGCAGGAUCUAGAUUGGGACGUAUACUUUCGCGAUUACAUGUUAGGAAUUAAGAAGUACAUUUUGAAAGAGAACUCUGAGACGGCGGACGUGGCUCGAAAUCGGGUGUUGAUGCUGUAUUGGGCCCAUCGACUGACCCAAAUAUCCAGUAUAAUAAUCGUACUGAUGAUGAUAUUGCGCGUCGGUCAUUGAGCAGAAAGAUCGAUGCCGACCUGUGGAUUUGAACGUGAGCGAAAACGAAAUGGGUAGUGGUUUACAAAGGUAAUCAUCGGUGGUUGGACCUCGCUCUUUUCGAUCAUUCCGUUUUAGCAACGAAUCGACUAUAUUUUGCCAUACCUCGCCUAUCGGCUCUACGUAUAUAGUAGGUGUGUAUCAUUAAAUACGACGUGUCGUCUGCCCGUGAAUCGUUCGGGAGCGAAUACAAAUUUCUUCGAGUCAUGGGAGUGUCAAGUUCCUCGGUACGACGUGAAAGUACGAGGUAGAAGAGUGGUUUACUUGUUUAUGCAUGUUACACACCGGAGAAAGGGUAACGUUCUAUUCGACGUUACGUGCGAGACUUUCCUACCGCUUAUAUAAUAUAUUUUACAACGAGCUACAGAAGGAACGUCGGGUGUCGAUACCAUACCAAGUACAAUGUCCUUUCGAUGAUAAUGUAACGUAAUAGUUCCUAACAGUGGUGGAAAUAAUGUGUGAACACAAUGUUCUUUUUCGUAUAGAAUUCAAAUAACGAAACAGCACAUUGCGAUCAUUACAGUACGACUUGGAGAUUGUGAAAGGUUGUUACAGGACGAAUCCUCUGCUCAAGAAACGAGGAAAGAACGCUUUUCAACACAUCUGCUGCCAUAAUUCACAUCUGUAUAGUACACAUUGAACUCCGUCGUCGCUUGAUCAUACAUGUCUAAAUAGACAUCUCUAAACAGUGUCCAAUAACUUUGUGUAAACAUGAAAAAUGUAUAUGUACGGAAAUCAAAACACAUAUACAAUAUUUGUUACAUUACUCGACAAUAUGUACAAUUCCUAAAUGGCAGAUCUAUUAAACGAGUAAUAAUGGUUAAGAAAUAAAUGUAUUUUCAAAUAAAGUUGUUGGAACUGCAUAGUUCUAAUUUUCUGAUGCAUAAUUUUCGAAAUAAAAAUAAAUGUAAUUACUUACCAGA